AUGAUGUGUUGUUUUCAAGCGAAUGCCUCUCUCAUUGCUCAUGCCCUUUCCUCUCAUCCAUCUCCGCCCCCUCUCAUCCCUAACCGCCCCCUCUCAUCCCUCUCCGUCCCCUCUCAUUCCUCUCCGCCCCCUCUCAUUCCUCUCCGCCCCCUUUCAUUCCUCUCCGCCCCCUCUCAUUCCUCUCCGCCCCCUCUCAUUCCUCUCCGCCCCCUCUCAUCCCUCUCCGCCCCCUCUCAUUCCUCUCCGCCCCCUCUCAUUCCUCUCCGCCCCCUCUCAUUCCUCUCCGCCCCCUCUCAUUCCUCUCCGCCCCCUCUCAUUCCUCUCCGCCCCCUCUCAUUCCUCUCCGCCCCCUCUCAUCCCUCUCCGCCCCCUCUCAUUCCUCUCCGCCCCCUCUCAUUCCUCUCCGCCCCCUCUCAUUCCUCUCCGCCCCCUCUCAUUCCUCUCCGCCCCCUUUCAUUCCUCUCCGCCCCCUCUCAUUCCUCUCCGCCCCCUCUCAUUCCUCUCCGCCCCCUCUCAUCCCUCUCCGCCCCCUCUCAUUCCUCUCCGCCCCCUCUCAUUCCUCUCCGCCCCCUUUCAUUCCUCUCCGCCCCCUCUCAUUCCUCUCCGCCCCCUCUCAUUCCUCUCCGCCCCCUCUCAUCCCUCUCCGCCCCCUCUCAUUCCUCUCCGCCCCCUCUCAUUCCUCUCCGCCCCCUCUCAUUCCUCUCCGCCCCCUCUCAUUCCUCUCCGCCCCCUCUCAUUCCUCUCCGCCCCCUCUCAUUCCUCUCCGCCCCCUCUCAUUCCUCUCCGCCCCCUCUCAUUCCUCUCCGCCCCCUCUCAUUCCUCUCCGCCCCCUCUCAUCCCUCUCCGCCCCCUCUCAUUCCUCUCCGCCCCCUCUCAUUCCUCUCCGCCCCCUCUCACUCCUCUCCGCCCCCUCUCAUUCCCUUCCUUCCAGCAUAUUUGACCAUAUUUCACGUGUCAGCGGAGAUGAGGGACCCCUUCUGGCUUGUGCCCCACUGCUCAUGCAACUCUUGUCAUGUGCUUCUCACUUUUUAUCUUCCUGCCCUGCUCUCCUCUGCUUCCCCCAGCAUAUUCGACGUGUCGGAGGAGAUGAGGGAUCUCUUCUGCAUAUUCGACGUGUCAGAGGAGAUGAGGGAUCUCUUCUGGUUCGUACGAGACAUGGACGAGCCGGCGCCCACCAACCCCGUGCUGCAGAGACACGCCAACACCGCCUUCAAGCUGAUCUGUGACUCGUGCUGCCAGCUGGACGACAGAUCAGCGGUGGCCGGCAUGCUGCCAGCGAUGCAGGCUCUGGGCGGCAGACACAUCAAGUACAACGUCAGGUGUGUUUCGGAUGGCGUUUCUCAAAACAGUUGGCAAGGCUUUGGGUUCGGGGUGGACAGAGGAGGUGGAGGGAGCAUGGAGCAGGGCGUAUGGGAAGGUGGAGGAGAUGGUUGCGGCAGGGCUGGGGGGAAGAUGAAGGGGAACGUGGGAAUAGCUGGUAAUAACUGGGGGAAACUCGUUGUGAGGGAGGCGGGAGGGGGGCAGGAGGUAGGGGGGUGGGGAAGUGGAGGUAGAGCGAGCAUGGAGCAGGGCGAAUGGUCAGGUGGAGGGUGUGGUUGUGGCUGGGGUAGUGGGGAAAUGAGGGAGGGUGGGAUAAUCGGGGGAAGCUGGUGGAAAGGGGAGGGGGGAAGGAGGAAGCGAGGAGAUUGGUGCAUAUGGAAGGUGGAGGAGAUGGGGUGUGGUGGGGCCAGUGGGGAGAUGACUUUUGAGGUGCCUCAAAAGGAAUGGGGGAGAUUGGUGGAUAUGGAAAGGUGGAGGAGAUGGGGUAUGGGGGGGCAGUGGGGAGAUGGGAAAGUCUGA